AUGAUGUGGGCGGCGUCGGCGCGGCCGAAGAUGGGCCACCGGGCGACGAGCGACGUGGUGGUGCGGCUGCGGACGCCGGAGGGCCGGGACGAGUGGCUCUACUGCCACUCCGCCGUGCUCGCCGCCGGGAGCGGCUACUUCGCCGACCGCCUCUCCGACGCCUGGCCGACCUGCCAGAUCCUCGACUCCCGCUACUGCGUCGAGGUCCGCUGCCCGGACCUGGACCUCAGCUCCCACGUCAACGCGCUCCGCCUCCUCUACGCCGCCGAGCCCGUCUCCCGCUUCGGCGUCCGCGGCGCGCUCGGCGUGCUCCGGGCCGCCGCGCACCUCGCCUGCCCCCGGAUCGCCGCCGCCUGCGCCGACUACCUGGAGUCCGCGCCCUGGGACGAGGCCGACGAGGAGGAGAUCCUCGCCGCCGUCCCGUGCCUCCCCGGCGGCGCACAGUACGACCGCGUCCUCGCGCGCCUCCGCCCUGCCGAUCCGGCGCUGGCCACCGCCAUCUUCCUCUCCGCGUUCCGCCACGCCACGGCCGCGCCGUCGGCGGCGUCGCGGGAGCUCAAGUCCGCCGCGCAGGAGCAGCUCGAGUACAUGCUCACCGAGGACGACGACGCGCCCUUGCUCGCCUUCGACGACACCGACGCCGGCAACUCCGUGAAGUCUCAGGUGAAGGACUGCGUCGCGGGCUUACUGAGCAGGUUCAGCGAUUUCACCAGCUAUGCACUGUCGAAGAAGAUGGAACCGCCUUGCUGCUCCGGCGAGAGCGAGGUUCAGCAGGAGCUCUAUUCGUUCGUGUCAGAUAUCUCCUGGGUCUGCCAGGUCCUGGGCAAGCUGGAGAUGAUGAAAUGCAUUGCAGCCUACUGGGUCGGAGCAUCGCCUGAUGUUGUCAUGGCUGUCGAGGCAUCGUGCCCGGGUUCUUUAUGUCUGAAGACCAGGGUGAAGGUUAUAGAGAUAUCUGCAAAGGUUUUGGAGGCGGUCGCGUUCGGCAAUGUGGUCCUCCCAGCAGAGAAACGGUGUCUUGCGGUGAAAGUUUGGAUCUGGUUUGCAGGGAUAACAAAGCAUUUGGUCGAUCGAGCCAACCGUGGUGACGACAGCGAAAGUCAUAAUGCAAAGAUCGGCUUGGACAGCGAGGUCUGGCAGGGGUUAGAGUCUGCGAUUACCGCAAUUGUGAUGACUCUGCCUUCGAACACACAGGCUGAGAUUCUGUCAGGGUGGCUUCAGUUGGAGCAUGCCGCGUUCCUGGACCUGACGGAGGCGUUCGAUGCCUGGUGUUAUAGAUCGAAGGUUGCUAGAAGAAGGCUGUCUUUCUUGAACAACAUCAAUCCGACACCUUGAGCCCGGGUCUGCAGCCAAAAUCAUCUGGAGGGUUUACAGCACUAAGCAUCUGCCUUUUUUUUUUACCAAAACCAAUGAACAUGGUAUUCUAUUGCUUUGCCAUAUGGUCACAUUGUUGUUCGUUGUCAAAAUUGCUUCAGGACCUCCCUAUGAACUGCAGGGUUGAUGAAAUUUUUUGGACAUGCCAUGGCUGAUGAAAUGAGCAACCUCACCAAUGCCUUUCCUUAUAUUUACACAUGUGGCACAGUAGCAGUACAUGCUACCAAGAAGUGCUGUGACAUUUGAUCUUCUUGUCAAACUCUAGUGUAUCAUCACUCGCAAUGUCAUCUUGAGGUUAUCUGC